AUCUAUGGCAUCAAGACUAUGAUGGGGAAUGGUAGUCCGAUGCUCGUUGAAGGUGUCGCCAUUCAUACCUAUGCAUGCAACUCGGACAUGGACAAGGAAGCAUUUGUGAACAGUGAUGGGGACUUCCUGAUCAUACCUGUGAAGGGCCGACUUGAUAUCCAAACCGAGCUGGGUAGGUUACUAGUCUUCCCGGGCGAGAUCACGGUCGUACAGCGGGGACUGAAGUGGAAGGUUACUUUGCCAGAUGGUAGUGCGAUCGGUUACAUCCAAGAGAUCUUCGGGUCGCACUAUGAGCUCCCUAACCUUGGCGUCGUUGGAUCUCAUGGACUCGCGAAUCCUCGCGACUUCGAACACCCGGUGGCCCACUUUGAAGUUGACCAGACCAAUUGGGAAGUUAUCUACAAGCUUGGCGGUAAGCUCUUCACGUGCAAGCAGGACCACACGCCCUUUGACGUCGUAGCAUGGCAUGGCAAUUACGUCCCAUACAAGUAUAACCUCGAUUUCUUCAUCUCCCUCGGUAGCCUCACCCGUGAUCAUAUCGACCCGUCGAUCUGGACGGUCCUCACGGCACGCUCAAAGACCCCAGGGGUUGCGCUUGCCGAUUUUGCGUUCAUUGGCGAGAAGUGGGACGUCGCUGAGCAGUCGUUUAGACCACCGUUCUUCCAUCGCAACACUGCCUCCGAGGUUCUGGGGCUUAUUAAAGGCGAAUUCGGCUUCACUGACGACUUUGUGCCGGGUGCACUCGUGCUCGAGAGCGGGUUUGGUCCGCAUGGACCGGAGGAUGGCCCCUACAACGCGACCCAGGACAUGGAGCUCAAGCCAAUGAAGAUCUUGCAGGGCACGCAGACUGUACUGCUCGAGACGAGCAUGAUGAUGACCCUUACUGAACACGCCACCAACAGCAAUAGACGUCAAUCGAACAAGGGUGGAGCCAGGGGUUUGGAAGCGAAGUUCCUCCAGUACAGGGACCAGAUUCUGGCGGAUGCGAAGGCGGCUGGCUUGGGUCCCAUCCCUGGUCUCUGAUCCGACUGAACGAGCUAACAAUGUAUUUACUGGCGAUCGUUGAGGGCUCCAGUUCAUAUUCACAACUCGUUAGGUCCAU